AUGGACGUCUCUGUGCCCAAGAUGAAAGGGACCAUCCAGACUGGUCCGUCAUGUAAAUAUAAAACACUUGCGUCAGUAAAUGAGAUCACUAUCUGGACAGAAAACAGGACUUGCAGUGUGCAAAAUGCCACAAUGCAACAGAAUGACUCCAGUAUUAUAGUCACUAAACUAAUGCCUGGAAACACGUACUUUCUUAAAAUCAACUGCUCGGACGUCUGCUGUGACAACUUUUCUACCAAUCCCGAAUCAGUGAAGAAUAUCAGUGUAUUGGAUCAAAAUAACAGCAGCGUGCUAAUGGUAUGGUCAGCUCCUCAGGGUCAUGUGGACUCAUAUGAGGUGAACAUCUCCAAUGUGGGACUGAACAAAUAUGUCACAACCGUGCAGAACCAAUCACUGAUCCAAGAGCUUCAGCCAGGAUGCAUGUAUAACCUAACCAUAACCUCGGUUAGUGGAGGAAUGAAGAAUAUCUCUCAAAUCUUUCAACUUGCUACCAAGCCCAACCCUCCAACAGAAAUCACUCUGAUUGGCCAAACAAAUGUGUCUCUCACUCUAAAUAUAUUGAUGGAUGGACCUGGUGUGGCUUACGAAGUUUCGUAUAAAUUGGACCAAUUUAACACCACUACGAUUUUACAAACAAACAAGACCGUACAGCUUACAGCUUUGUCACCUGGGAGCCAGUACAACAUGACAAUAUGCACCAUUGGAGUUAUGGAUUUGAAAAGCUCCAGUAUCAACAUCACUGCCUACACAAGACCAAAUCCAGUGUCUAGUUUAAAUUCCACUUCUGUAAACACGACUACAGUGCAGCUCACCUGGUUUUAUCAGGGUGAAAGCACAUAUGAGGUAAGCGUGAACGAAGAAGCACGACAGAACCUGACUGGCAAGACAGCUAAUAUAACCAAACUGAACCCCGGCAGCAACUACACCUUCACUGUGGUUGCUAUAACAAACAAUGUCCGCUCUGACCCCACACAGACCUCUGCGUUCACAGGUCUUGAUAAAGCAUCAAACAUUUUAGCGGUGGGGACAUGCGUGAGUAUGAGAGUGGAGUGGAGUGGCCCGUCUGGAAAUAUUUCCUUCUACACCGUCAGCAUCCUACAAAAUGGAACCAUUAUUCAAACGAAGAAACAGACAGAUACAACGCCUGUGAUGUUCUCAAGCCUGCUUCCUGGAACCCUCUACACUGUCAAUGUGGGCAUUACCUCUGGACCAGUGAAUGUUGACGGUGGAAGUGUGCAGAAUGCUACCUUGCCCUCUCCACCCGGUAUGCCUAACAUAACUCAGCAGACCACAGAUUCCCUAAACAUCAGCUGGUCUCAACCUCUUAACAUGAGCUCUGUGGACUAUGGAUAUAGAGUUUUGUACUGGUGUAAUAACUCCAACAGCUCCAUUUGUCCACAAAACUGCCUAAAUGUGAGUGGCAGCAAGAACUCAAUCACGCUGACAGGUCUCACUGCUGGUUCUCCCUACGUCAUCACAGUGCAGACGGUGGGAGCACUUGGUUACCUGAGCUCUUCUUAUCAGAUAUUUGCGUACACGUGUCCAAACCAAGUAAGCAGUGUAAAUGUGGACUGGUUUAGUGAAAACAGCAUAUUUCUGAGCUGGAAACAGCCAGACACUGAGUCAAGCAAGUACACCUACCUGCUAACCAUCACAAGCCCUAAUGGGACAUACAUUCUUCAGCAAAGUGUGUCUGACAUUACAGCACAGCUGCAGCCACUGCAGUCCGCGAGCCAGUACAAUAUCAGCAUCAUCACAUGCACUGCUGACGGCACCCAGUCUUCGGCCAAGUUCAUUACAGCCUUUACCAAACCAUUAGCACUCUCUGGUUUGGAAGCAAAAGUGUUUAACAGCACAACCGUGUGGCUCAACUGGACACGUCCUACCGAUUUCCAUGAAGGAUUCUCAUACCACGUAGGGGUGACAAACUGCACAGAGUCCAGUAGAAGCCUGCAAGUUCUGUCUGAGAACAUCACAGUUUCAAACCUACAACCUGGAACAAUGUGCUUGUUUAGCGUUUACAGUUCUUUCCAAGGAAAUGAGGGACAGCCAGUCAACGUCUCCAUUUACACUAAACCAUUUCCAGUGAAUCCUACAAUAUCUAAUAAUGGUUCCAACGCUUCUGUGGUGGUGUCCUGGAAUACCCCCUUUGGUCAUGUUGAUCAAUACUUGCUUAACAUCAGCAGUGAAGACUGGGAAAGUUCAGUAUUGCUGAAUAACACUGAACACUUUUAUACGUUCACUCAGCUUUCAGCCGCAACAGUCUACACAGUAAAAUUCAUCACUAUAAGCGGAUACUUGAAAGAAGCAUCACAACCAAUUUCCACGGCAACCUACCCGAACAAACCGGGAAGUGUCCAGGUGUUGGCUAAAACAACAAACUCGCUCCUGCUGGAAUGGGCGACAGCUCAGGGCAUGAAAGCAAGAAACUUCAACUACAGCCUUACGUACCAGCCUAACCCGAAUUUUACCACUUUUAUUACACAGAACAACACAUUCCUGCUCACCAACCUGCAAUCUGGGACAUCUUAUAACAUUUCUCUUAAUACUGUGGGUCUGGGAGGGUUCCAGAGUGAAGCAUUUAUGACAUGCUUUAUAACCACAAUCCCUGAUCGUGUAAAGAAUCUGAGGACUAUUUACACAUCUACAGACCAAUUGUCUGUGGAAUGGAAAGGACCAGAAGGGGUUCUAUCAUAUGCAGUAAAUGUGGUGAGUAAGUGGAGUAUAUUUGUAAGGAAAACAACCACUCUGGAAUGGACGACCGUGGACGCGCUGGUUCCUGGAACACCUUACAAUAUUACAGUGCAAAGCGUAACAUCUGAUAACACCACCGGAGAAAUGGAACUGCUGCAAGUAUGCACAGAUGCAGCUCCGAUAGAAACUGUGGCUUGUUCGGGCCCUGAUUUGACUUCCCCGAUGCUGAAUCUCUCAUGGAGUCCACCCAGUGGUUCCUAUAUGAGUUUUCAAAUUCAGCUUGUUAGCUCCACCAUGGACAGGAGAGCAAACACCACCGAUUUACACUACAUGUUUACUGGACUUCGGUAUAAAACGUACUACACAGCUACACUUUGGACAGUUGGCUGUGGGAACAAAAGCUCAGCAAAAGAAAUUGGCUGCACAACAGGGGUUACAAAUCCUCCAGUACCUAACAUUGAUCCAUCUGUAAGUGUGGCUGAUACACAAUACAACCGAUUCAGUCUUAUCAUACACCGUAAGCUGUUUGACAACUCCUGUUGUUCAGUGCUUUACUUUGGCAUUCUCAUCACUUCAGACACCAAAUUAGUGGACAAUAAGUCCCAGUAUAACCAUUACCUAACGCAGACAUAUGAUGACUGGAAAUCAGGACAGACCAGUACUUAUCUUGCGCUGGUGUACGAAAACAUAGAUGCUGUUGCUGAAAAUGUGGAACUCACCAUUAACAUUGGAGACGAGACUCAGUGGAACAGUUACAGAAAUGGUCCCCUCAGUGCUAAAUACAGCUACAGUUUUGCAGUUGUCAGCUUCACUCAUAUGGUUCUACAAAAUGGAUUAGUGGUGGUGUCUCAGUCAUACUUCUCUGUAUCUCACUUUCAUCAAGAUUUUAUCACCCUGCCUGAAGCCCCAGUCAAAUUUGAGGAUUUCACUUCCCCUGUUGGAGGAGCAGUGGGUGUUGUCAUUUUUCUUCUCGUCAUUAUCACCACGGCUGUUGUUUUAAGGAGAUCAGAAUUCCAACCAAUCUGUGUAGAAGAUUAUGAGGCCCACUAUAAAAAAAAUAGAACCGAUUCAUUCUGUGGUUUUGUCAAAGAGUUUGAGGAUCUGAAACUGGUAGGGAUCAGUCAGUCCAAGAACAUUGCGUUGGCACCUGAAAACAGAGCCAAGAAUCGCUAUAACAAUGUGCUCCCAUAUGACACAUCACGUAUGAAGCUGUCAGUUCUGGUCAGUUCUUUUGACGAUUACAUUAAUGCCAGCUACAUUCCGGGUUAUACAUCGAAAAAAGAAUUUAUAGCAGCACAGGGACCUUUGCCAUGUACAGUUAAUGACUUUUGGAGAAUGAUCUGGGAAAAAAACAUUCACACACUUGUCAUGCUGACGAGAUGCAAUGAGCAAGGACGGGUGAAAUGUGAAAAAUACUGGUCUUCUGAGACAUCACACUUCAAUGCUCUAACGGUAACUAUCACUUCAGAGAUCAUAAUGAAAGAAUGGACCAUUCGGGACCUUGAUGUAAAAAAUGUGAAAACUGCAGAGACUCGAUCCAUUCGGCAUUUCCAUUUCACGGCCUGGCCCGAUCACGGAGUGCCUGAAACCACAGAGCUGCUCAUCAAUUUCAGACACGUGGUCCGUGAGCACAUGGACCAGUAUUCAUGCCACACACCAACUCUUGUACACUGCAGUGCAGGGGUGGGUCGCACUGGAACCUUCAUUGCCAUUGAUCGCCUGAUAUACCAGAUCGAACGCGAAGGAGUGGUCGAUGUUUAUGGGAUCAUCCAUGACUUGCGUAUGCACAGACCACUCAUGGUGCAGACGGAGGAUCAGUAUGUGUUUCUUAACCAGUGUGCUGUCUACAUUAUCAGAUCUCGGAAUGGCAGAAAUGUGGACUUUAUCUAUCAGAACGCUGCUGCACUCACAAUUUAUGAGAACUUGGAACAUACCAAAAAAUCCAACAAAAAAUAACAAAAUACAAAGUCUUUCAACACAAGGAUGGAGUAAUACAUGCACUUACAAAUCUUCUACACUAUUUGUCAAAAAUCUUUUACUUAUACCUUUGUUCUAACAGGGUUUUAGCAGAUUUGUGUCCGUGGACUGUUGCCCACUUGAUCUAGAGUUCACAAUGUCCACAGUGUUUACGGUUUAAGCAAUUUUGUAAGUCGCUCUGCUAAAUGCCGAAAA